AUGGAGAUCAGGGUGUUUUUUGAAUUGGUGAAUAAGAGUAGAGUGGCUGAAGAUUGUGUGAGGAAGGCAGCAGCAGAGAAAGAAAGUUUGAGGGUGCCUUUUCAGAGACCUUUAGGAAGGAACUUUGCUCCGAGAGGUAGGAAUUUCAAGCGUAGAGGCUUUGUUCCACAGCAGACUCAGGGUCAAGGUAAUUACAGAAGGCUGAAUACCAAUGUUAAUCAGGGAAGAAGGUUUGGGAAGCAGCCACAGCAGGAUCUGAAUUGUCAGAAGUGCGAAAAGUAUCAUCCUAGAGUUUCGUGCAGAUUAGGACUUGGAGUAUGUUAUUCCUGUGGACAGCCCGGGCAUAUAGCCAGUAAUUGCCCGGAGAAGAAGAAGUAUGAGACUGGUAGGGUGCAGCAGCCAGGGAGAGUAUACACCACUUCUACCAUAGGUGCUGAGGGAUCUGAGACACUGAUUAGAGGUAAUUGUGAAAUGGCUGGUAAAAUCUUAAAUGCUUUAUUUGAUUCAGGAGCAAGUCAUUCAUUUAUUGCAUUUGAAAAGGCCCAUGAAUUAGGAUUGAGAAUGAUGGUUUUAGGUUAUGAUUUGAAAGUAUAUAAUGCUACUCAUGAAGCUAUGGUGACUAGGAUAGGAUGUCCACGAGUUCCCUUUCGAGUACAGCAACGUGAAUUUGUGCAUGAUUUGAUUUCUUUGCCUAUGACUGGUCUUGAUCUCAUUUUAGGAUUGGAUUGGUUAUCCAAGAAUCAUGUUUUGCUUGAUUGUUCUAAGAAGUCAGUACAGUUUAUGCCGGAAGGGUCAGAAGCACCGGUUGUGGUGAAUAGUUACUAUUUGAAUUCUAUGAUAGUAAACUGUUCAGGAACUGAAUGUCAGGGUAUUAUGUUAUUAACUGCGGGAGUAUCAGGUGAUGAUCAGAGUUUAGAGCAGAUUUCGGUUGUAUGUGAAUUUCCAGAUGUGUUUCCGGAUGAUAUUAAUGAAUUCCCACCUAAUCGAGAGGUUGAAUUUGCAAUCGAGUUGGUGCCUGGAGCCGGUCCGAUUUUGAUUACUCCUUAUAGGAUGUCACCUUUAGAAAUGGCUGAACUGAAGGCUCAACUGGAAGAUCUGUUGGGUAAGAAUUUCAUCCGACCAAGUGUUUCUCCGGGGGGGAGCGCCAGUGUUACUGGUAAAGAAGAAGGAUUGGAGUAUGCGGCUGUGUGUCGAUUAUCGGCAAUUGAAUAA